GACCCGGCAUGCGAAGAGAUCCGUAUCUGUGAAUCGCUAGUAUCAGCCGCUAUCACAAGCCGGCCAAGGCAGUUACACUCCCAAUCGAGCACACAGCACUACUCGGCCGCACCAGGACCGACCAGAAGCACCGGCGCCACCAUGGACUGCGACAGCUGCCUCGAGGACUACGACCAGGCGGAGCGCGUGCCCAAGAUCGUGCCGUGCGGGCACACCGUGUGUCUGCGGUGCCUCCGGCAGAGCGCCAGGAGACAGUGCCCGACGUGCUGCAGGUACUUCUUUAACGAACCCGAUACACUUCCCAACAACUUCACUCUUCUUCAGCUGAUGGAGCAUUCGGGCAGUCCCGCCCCGCGACUGGUGCUCGGACUGCCGCGCCGCCGCCGCGCCCCGCUGUUGGGACCGGGCGACGAAGUCCACGCCGAGAAGAGGAGGCGCGUUGAGUCACAGGACCCACCCGCCUAUAGCCCCGCGCCUAACCCCUGCGGGGAUGCGGGGUCACCGCUCGUCGCUGCGAGCCCUCCAGCAGAGUCCACGUUUAACUUUCCGCUACCACCGACCGCUGCGAUCCCGUGUCUCCUACCAUGGUGGGGAAGGGCAAGUUCGCAACAGGAGUUGAGUGUGGAGGUUAUCAGCCUCUACGGACCUAGUGCCCGGCAGCAAGACAAGGCGGCCCUCCUCGCAGAGGCGUCGGGGCUGACCCGGCUGGUCGACUUGAACUGCGACCACGACCCCGCCUGGAGCCUCCAGCUGCUGCAGCGCGUCGCGCCCACGUUGGAGCGGCUGAGUCUGGGCAGCGGCGGCUCGGAGCCCCAUCUGCGCGCGGUGCACGCCAUGCCGCGGCUGACGAGGCUGACGGUGUGGGGUGGUGACGACGUCGUGCCCGCCCAGCCCUUCGAGCUGCCCGCGCUGCCGCCGGGACACGUCGGUCUGCGGUGGCUUGCGACGUACAACGUAGCCCGCUCCACGACAAAGGCCCUGCUGCGGGUGCAUAGCCGCACGCUGGCGGUGCUGGAGCUGGGGGUGGGCACGGCCGGCAGUGAAGGGUGGCCAGUGAGUUGUAACGACCUGGACUCGCUGCUGGAGCAGAGCGGGCUGCGGGCGCUCAGCUGGCUCGUGCUCAGGAGGUACAGGUGCAGCCACGAGCCGGCCGCCUGCAGCAAGCAGCGCGCCGAGGUGCGGCGGGUGCUGCCCUGGGCCCAGGUGCUGUGCGGAAGGUGUGACGAUGUAGAGGAGGAACAUGUCUAGCGGUGCGCUUUGGGCAAACUGUUUCGUGCGGAGAAUACUAUUGUCAUCUGCGUUGCAUGUUCAUUGGUGUGUAAUUAAAUGUUUUUCAAAUAUAUUUUUAUAAGCUUCAUAUUAAA